CAUCGCCAUUUUGAAUUACAGCCGCACUUCGCUGGCUGAUGACUGAAAGGAGCUAAGAUUUCUUCGUUUCUGAAAUAUUUCUGCGCAUUCAAAGCUUACUGGAUACAUAUUGUGAGGGAUUUACAUCGCUCUAAGUAUGGCUCACCGAAAUCUAAAACAGGUCAACAUUCAAAACAACGCACCGUCGCCGAAACCUCAGCAGCAGCAGCAGUACCACCAGCAGCAGCACACAAAGCGCAACAUGGACUCUCCAGGCAUGGAGCGAAGGCCGAAUGUUGCGGAUGGGAAAACCCCACCACCAAAGCCGCCGACGACUGCCAGCCCUGCGGCAGAGGGGGAGGGUGGACCCGGAGACUCGCAGGAGAUGACGCUGGAUAUAAAGAGUUUCAGGAGACCCGGGGAGAAAACCUUCACGCAGCGCUGUAGGUUGUUCAUCGGUAAUCUCCCGACAGACCUCACGGAGGAUGAUUUCAAAAAGCUGUUUUCCAAGUAUGGCGAGGCUAACGAGGUGUUUAUCAACCGAGACCGAGGAUUCGGCUUCAUUCGACUGGAAACCAGGACGCUGGCGGAGAUUGCCAAGGCAGAGUUGGAUGGCAUAGUGCUGGGGAACCGACCUAUCCGGAUCCGCUUCGCCACGCACGGCUCUGCCCUCACGGUGCGGAACCUUUCCCCCGUGGUCUCCAACGAGCUCCUUGAGGAGGCCUUCUCCGAGUUCGGGCCCGUGGAAAGGGCUAUCGUUGUGGUGGACGACCGAGGAAGGCCCACUGGGAAGGGCUUCGUAGAGUUUGCCAACAAACCUUGUGCUCGUAAAGCCCUGGAUCGCUGUGCUGACGGGGCGCUGCUGCUCACCACGUCUCCUCGGCCUGCCAUUGUGGAACCCACUGAGCAGCUGGAUGAAGAGGAUGGACUCCCAGAGAAGUUGCUGGUGAAAUCUGUACACUACCACAAGGAGAGGGAGCACCCCCCACGGUUUGCCCAGCCGGGGACAUUUGAGUUUGAGUACUCGUCCCGCUGGAAGGCCCUGGACGAGAUGGAAAAGCAGCAGAGAGACCAGGUUGAGCGCAACAUCCGAGAGGCAAAGGAGAAGCUGGAGCAAGAGAUGGAGGCCGCCAAGCACGAGCAUCAGCUCAUGAUGAUGAGACAAGACCUGAUGAGGCGUCAAGAGGAGCUGAGACGCCUGGAGGAGCUUCGCAACCAGGAGCUGCAGAAACGCAAGAAUAUAGAGAUGAGACAUGAGGAGAGGCGUAGGCAGGAGGAGGAGAUGAUGCAGCGCCAUCGAGAGCAGGAAGAGAUGAGACGCCAACCGGACGGCUUCAAGCCAAACUAUGCGGACACCAGAGAACAGGAAAUGAGAAUGGGUGAACUGGGCCCUCGUGGAGCCAUUAAUAUGGGAGAUGGGUUUAACCCCGCCUCUGUUGCCGGGGCCAGUGUAAACCAGGGACCCCCUCAAAUGAUUGGCAUAGGCAUGAGCGGAAGGGCCGGAGCCAUGGGCCCCGAGGGAACUCCAAACAUGGGCGCACCAAACAUGAUGCCAGACAAUGGAGCCAUGCAGCGCAACGAUAGGUUCCCCCAGGGGGCUCCUAAUCAGAUUGGUUCGUCCCCAAUGAGUGGCCGUCCAGGUGUCGAGUCCCCUCAGCAGCAACAGGCAGUGGGGGCAGGGCUUAUGGGGGCAGGGCCUGGACCUGCAGUGGGGGGGCCAGCAGGCUUCGGGAGGGGAAUCCCUGUUGUGGGAAACUAUGAAGGGCCUAACAACAAACGUCGCAGAUACUGAUUGUGUUAUUAUGUUUACAUUUUUUCAACGGUGUACCCCAAGGCUCAAUAUUUGGAUCUCUUGCUUUUCCUUUCUCAUUAUGUAAAAUAACUGAUUUAUUUUCUCAUCAAAUGUUUGUUUCUGUUCUUUUAAUUUGGGCUGAUUAUUUCCCUCAGCUUCUUCAUGUGUACCAAAUGUUGACUGAGGGGAAAAAAAUACUUGUUUUAUAUCAAAAGUCAGGCCCAAUAGUCAUGCAAAACCACAAAUCUUCAAUGUUGGCCGCCAAAGGCCAAUAUCAACUGCGAUGUAUCUUGAUGUAGUCAGGUCUGUAGUUAAGGUUUAGGCCAAUAUUAACUGUGAUGUAUCUUGAUGUAGGCAGGUCUGUAGAUGGCUUAUAAACUUCUGUAUGAUGUUGUUUCUUGCUUUUUGCUAUCAGUAUCCUAUCCUCCUGUUAUUGUUGUUUUCAGUAGAUCCUAGUAACAAGUGAAGACCUGCAUUGCCUCUGCAAUGGUUAGCUUACUUUGAUUUCCUCCCGUCCAUGGAAUGUCUUUCCAGUACAUUGCAUCCUGUAGUAGUAGUUUGGCUAACUGCAAUAAAACUGUGAAAUGCCAUUUUGUGAAAACUAAGUUGAUUGAAGUAAAAAAAAAAAAAAAAAAACUAUUUUGUAGCCUCUCUCUCUCUCUUGCCUUUUUUAGAUAUUUUGGUAUUUUUCUCGCCUCCAUCCUUGUUUCAAGUAUUAUGAACUCAAACUAAUCUCUUAAUUUUUCAGAGCAGAGCCAAAAUGAUGUCUGUGUAAAACAUGCACAACCUUAUGUUGUCACCCAGAGUCACAUUUGUUUAUUUGCAAGCUAUAGGACACAAUAUUUUGCCAAGGAACAUCUAUCGUAGUAUCGCGAUACUGGUAUCGGGACAUCACUAUUGGGUGUAAUUGAUCCUCAACCAGGCAAAAUACCUAUAUUGGAUAUUCUGAUCAAUUCACUAGAGUUUAAUUUGAACCAAUAGGCUACUCUACAUUUUGUUAGUAAUUUCUCAUUCUUUUUCCGUAUAUUUAAAGUUUCUUGCAUUUUAAUUAACUCAACAUUAUAGACAAACUUUUGUAAUAUUGUCAUGUGUUAUGUUAAUUUAUCAUGACAUUUGAAUAUCCCGUACUCGUGCACUUACCUCUGUACUCGAGCGAGAGAAUUUGUGUUGCCGUGUGUGUAGUAACAUAGUAAAAUCAUGUGCUUGUCUUGAGUGUUGUGUGGAAGCAUGUGUGAUGAAAGUGUUUGAUCUUCAAUGUGUAACAUUUGCAUUAUAUUCCAGGUAAGUAUAUUCAAGUGGAGCUGUGACUACACUACAUGACAGUAAUGUGGACACCUUCUCAUUGAACAUCUCAUUCCAAAAUCAUGGGCAUUAAUAUGGAGUUGGUCCCCACUUUACUGCUAUAACAGCUUCUGGGAAGGCUUUCCACUAGAUGUUGGAACAUUGCUGUGGGGAUUUGCGUCUAUUCAGCCACGAGCAUUAGUGAGGUCGGCACUGAUAUUGGGCGAUUAGGCCUGGCUCGCAGUCGGCGUUCCAAUUCAUCCCAAAGGUGUUCGAUGGUGUUGAUGUCAGGGCUCUGUGCCGGCCAGUCAAGUUCUUCACACCGAUCUCCACAAACCAUUUAUGUAUGGACCUCGCUUCAUGCACAGGGGCAUUGUCAUGCUGAAACAGGAAUGGGCCUUCCCCAAAUGUAUUUAUUUUUGAUUGAAUAUCCAAAACAUACAAUAUACUUUCAGUGGAGCCGCUCAAUAACUACACCACACCAGUCAUCCAACAACUACACCACACCAGUCAUCCAACAACUACACCACACCAGUCAUCCAACAGACUCCCAUUCAGAGCGACACACAGAAGCAUCCAGGGUCAACGCCCUGCUAAAGGGCAUGUCAACAGAUCUCCCAUAAGGCCAAAAACUGAUCCAAACCCGCCUAGCCCGAACCAUGAAAAACAGUCUGACCAUUGUUCCUCGUCCACCAAACUUUACAGUUGGCACUAUGCAUUGGGGCGGGUAGUGGUCUCCUGGCAUCCGCCAAACCCAGAUUCGUCCGUCGGACUGCCAGAUGGUGAAGCGUGAUUCAUCCCUCCAGAGAUGGCGUUUCCACUGCUCCAGAGUCCAAUGGCGGCGAGCUUUACACUGCUCCAGCCAACGCUUGGCAUUGCGCAUGGUGAUCUUAGGCUUUUGUGCGGCUGCUCGUCCAUGGAAACCCAUUUCAUGAAGCUCCUGACGAACAGUUUGGAACUCGGUAGUGAGUGUUGAAACCGAUGACAGGCAAUUUCUACAUGCUUCAGCACUCUGUGGUCUUGUUCUGGGAGCUUGUGUGGCCUACCACUUUGUUGCUCCUAGACGUUUCCAAUUCACAGUUACAGUUGACCAGGGAAGCUCUACUGGAGCAGCUCUGGCAGGGCAGAAAUUUGACAAACAAACUUGUUGGAAAGGUGGCAUCCUAUGACUGUGCCACGUUGAAAGUCACUGAGCUCUUCAGUUAGGCCAGUCUACUACCAAUGUCUGUCUAUGGAGAUUGCAUGGGUGUGUGUGCUCGAUUUUAUACACCUGUCAGCAAUGGGUGUGGUUGUAAUAGCCAAUUCUGCUAAUUUGAAGUGGUGUCCACAUACUUUUGUGUGUGUAAAUAUGUAUGUGUGUCUAUAACUUGAACACAUAAACCCACUACAGACGAGUGAAUUCAACCGGGGAAGGAAUUAGUUUAGUGUCCAUCCCUCAUUAAGUAUUUUGAAUAUAGUAUAUAUGUUUAAUUUGUGUUAGCUGGCCAGUUUUUUAAAUUCAAAAGAAACUCAUAUCUUGCAACAUCUUAAGACAUUAAAUGUAGAUUUUUGGACUAGGUCUAUUCUGUGGUGCUGCAGUGUUUAGAAUGUUGCUGAUAGAAAUGUAUUGUGUAGAGCUGACACUGUUCCCCAUUACACCUUACAGAGAAUGUCUGUUCUAAACAAUGCUUUUCUAUUGAACUAUUUUGACUUUGACAAUAUAACGUAGCAUACAGAACUAUACUGUGUGUGUAUUUGUAUGAUUGAGCAAGUGGGGAGGAUGUGUAGAGUGAUAAGCACACUUACACAUGUUUGCGAGGGAGUGGGGGAAGAUUUAGUGGCAUGUCCUUCAAGAUGAUUUGUGAUUUUAGUAGUCUUCUGUCAGGCUGACUGCAGGAAUGUCCACCAGAACUGUUGCAAGAUAAAUUUAUGUUAAUUUCUCUACCAUAAGCCGACUCCAUGUUUAGAGAAUUUGGUAGUACGUCCAACCGGCCUCACAACAGCAGACCAUGUGUGACCACGCCAGCCCAGAACCUCCACAUCCGGCUUCUUCACCUGCAGGAUCGUCUGAGACAAGCCAGCCGGAUAGCUGAUAAAAGUGUGGGUUUGCACAACCGAAGAAUUUCUACACAAACUGUCUGCAUGCUCGUCGUCCUCACCAGGGUUUUGACCUGACUGCAGUUCGGCCUCGUAUCAAAUCAAAGCUUAUUUGUCACGUGCGCUGAAUACAACAGUGAAAUGCUUACCUACAGGCUCUAACCAAUAGUGCUAAAAAAAGGUAUUGGGUGAACAAUUGGUAGGUAAAGAAAUAAAACGGUAAAAAGACAGGCUAUAUACAGUAGCCAGGCUAUAUACAGUAGCGAGGCUACAUAGAGACGCUGGAUAGUCAGGCUGAUUGAGGUAAUAGGUACAUUUACAUUUUUAAGUCAUUUAGCAGACGCUCUUAUCCAGAGCGACUUACAAAUUGGUGCAUUCACCUUAUGACAUCCAGUGGAACAGACUUGCCUAGUUAAAUAAACGGUUAACAGACAGGAGAGAAUAAUGAGAGGGAAAGCAGCCGUUGUUCUCAACACACCUAUAUUUAACAUGUUGAUUGUUUACCAACACUGUUUAUUCUUAGUUACAGCAAACAUGUCAGGUAGUUACUCUGUCAAAAAAUAAAUACAUGACCAAGCCGCACUGUUUCAACAAAACUAUAGUGGGACAUUGAAAGUGUAGCUAAAAUAACUUCUUAUCCAACAGACUACUAGAUAUGUAUAACACACUUCCCCGUUAAUCUAUGAUAUUACCUUGAGGGCGUAUUUGUCUCCGCUUUUCUUGUGGAAGAUCUCCAGCACCCUUCCGUUGAUGCCGUGUCCCAGUACCUGACUGGUCACUUUGUACUCGUCCGUUAUUGCGUUCUUCUUGAUCUGUAGGGUCGGUUUCACAUGAAACUGUGAGAGGUGACCCGAAGGGGGCGGGUUAGGUUGGCCCGCCGGGGUAGCUGGGCCCUGGGUCGGGGGGAACAGACAUGUAGAUAUGGUUAAAGUGACUAUGCAUAUAUGAUAAACAGAGUAGCAGCAGCGAAAAGGGGGUUGGGGGGGGCACACAGUGCAAAUAGUCCAGGUAGCCAUUUGAUUACCUGUUCAGGAGUCUUAUGGCUUGGGGGUAAAAACUGUUGAGAAGCCUUUUUGUCCUAGACUUGGCACUCCGGUACCGCUUGCCAUGCGGUAGUAGAGAGAACAGUCUAUGACUGGGGUGGUUGGGGUCUUUGACCAUUUUUAGGGCCUUCCUCUGACACCGCCUGGUGUAUAGGUCCUGGAUGGCAGGCAGCUUAGUCCCAGUUAUGUACUGGGCCGUACACAUUGGGGAUGAAUCAGAAUUAGUUGGGUAACAUAGAUAAGAUGUUUUAUUUUCAUAAUAUGCUUGUGAGAUACUUGUCAUUUAGAAGUUAUCUUUUUGUACUAUAGUGUUGGCCAUUUGCAGUUAUCCUUUCUCUGUCCUGGGUUCAGUUACUGGGGCCACACAGAGGGGAGAGGUCAGGCUUGUCAUGUGUAAACGUAUCUUUUAAACCAUGUGAAGGGAUGAUUGAGGGGGAACCAAUUAUCUCUUGGCUCCACAAUGUCUGUGUUCCAGUCACUCCCUACUUUUCCCAUCGGGGAGCGGAGGUUGGCAGUGUCUGGACCCAUUAUAUGUUCCCUCUGAGGUUGCCCUUAUUUGUCUUGACCUAGAGGCUCACUCCUCUCCGUGAGAUUGUCCAGGAUGGGUUGUAUUUGGGAUGGGAGUAUCUAAAAUGACAAUUGAUAUAUACCAUUGGAUGAGGUUAUGUCUUGGUACUAUUUUGUACGAAGAACGAGAUGAGCUUCGUUUAGGAGACCAAACUGAAUGACAAUUUAUAGCUAAAUACUGUCUGGCGAUGGGAUACUCCUCUCUCAAGUAAAAUCUUUCCUUGUGAAAGUUCCUAUUAUCUGUGUUUUGUCAUGUCGACUAGGGGGGUGGAUCUAUGCUAUAAAAGAUCUCAGUUGCCAUUAUGUUGACCACUCUCAACUUUUCAUUAGAGAUACUGAAAUGUUGAAAGUCAAAAUGCUAUUGCAAAAGCUUAAUUAUUAUUAAAGGUGAAGAUUAAGCAUAA